UUUGCAGGCUGCAUGUCCCAGGUCUUCUUCGCCCAUUGCAUUGGUGCAGGAGAGAUGGUGUUGUUGGUGGUAAUGGCUUAUGACCGCUAUGUGGCCAUCUGCAAACCACUCCACUACUUUACCAUUAUGAACCUGAAAAGAUGCACUGGGUUGGUGCUGAUUUCUUGGACUACUGGCUUUAUACAUGGUAUAAGUUACUAUGCAGUGGUUGUGCAGCUGCCUUUUUGUGGCCCCAAGGAAAUAGAUAGCUUUUUCUGUGACAUGCCAUUGGUGAUCAAGCUAGCCUGCAUGGAUUACCAUGAUUUAAAUACUUUAAUGAAUGUUGACUGUGGGGUUGUGGCUGUAACCUGCUUCUUUCUGUUGCUCAUAUCCUACACAUAUAUCCUUUUCACUGUUUGCCAGAGCUCUAAAGCUGGUGCAUCAAAGGCUCUGUCCACAUGCAGUGCCCACAUCACAGUGGUGAUGAUCUUCUUUUUACCCUGCAUCUUCAUCUAUGUGUGGCCCCUCAGUAUCACUUGGUUGGACAAAUUUCUUGCUGUGUUUUACUCUGUUUUUACACCUCUUCUGAACCCAGCCAUUUAUACACUGAGAAAUAAAGAGAUGAAAAAUGCUAUGAAAAGGUUCAUAGGCAAAUUUCUGGGUCCCAAAGGAAAUUCAUAA